AUGAUUAAAAACGUCGUAGUUGGGUUAUCUGGUGGAGUUGAUAGUGCUGUAUCAACAAUUUUAUUAAAACGCAAAGGUUUUAAUGUGACUGCUGUUUUCCUAAGAAAUUGGGACACUGCUGAUGAAACAGGGAAAUGUUUAGCUGACGAAGAUUACAAAGAUGCUGAAUUUAUAUGUAAAAAGCUAGAUGUGCCUUUGGUAGAAGUCAAUUUUGUAAAAGAAUAUUGGAAUGACGUAUUUAGUUAUUUAUUAGGUGGUUAUCAAAAUGGUAUUACACCAAAUCCUGACGUUAUAUGCAAUAAAAAUAUAAAAUUCAAUAAGUUUUAUCAUUAUGCACGGAAUCACCUCAAAGCUGAUGCAAUUGCUACUGGACAUUAUGCAAGAACGUCUUUUGGACCUUUUUUGGAGCACUUUAAUCCUGAUAAAGGAGUGAGAUUGCUGAAAGCUCGGGAUGAUUGGAAAGACCAAACGUUAUUUUUAGCUCAAGUCCAGCAAGAACCGCUCCAAAGGUGUAUGUUUCCCAUAGGAGACUACGUAAAAAAAGAUAUUAAGAAAAUAGCGAUUGAAGAAGGUUUAGAUCGAAUAGCUGCUAAAGAUGAGAGUAUGGGAAUUUGUUUUAUAGGUAGCCGAACAUUUCAAAGUUUCAUAUCUGAGUAUCUAGAAGAUAAACCUGGAGACUUUGUUGAUAUGGAAACGGGUCGAGUUGUUGGUAAACAUCGAGGUAUUCACCAUUGGACAUUAGGACAACGAUGUCGUAUCACCGGACAGGCAAAAGCAUAUUUCGUUUAUAAAAAAGACGUUGAGACUAAUACGAUAUAUGUAGCUAUGGGUCAUGAUCAUCCUGCAUUAUACACACAUACAAUAAUAACAUCAAAACCUCAUUGGAUUUUUCAAGAACCGCCCGAAUUAUUAAAUAGUCAUGGAGUGCUACAUUGUGAUUUUAAAUUCCAACAUAUCGAAAAUUAUUCUCGGUGUAAAGUUUAUAAAACAGCCAAUCAGGAAUUAAUUAUUUUAGUUGAUGAACCCAAGCGUGCUGUUUCACCAGGACAAUUCGCAGUCUUUUUUGUAGGUGACGAAUGUGUAGGAAGUGCACCUAUUGUUGCUCCAGGACCAUCGCUGUUUAGUCUCGGAAAAUCAUUAUCUUUUAAUACCGAAAGCAAUCAUCAAGUUGCUGUACAUAUGUGA